AACUUUCUCUUGCAACUUUCUUUCGUGUUUGAGAAGAGGAAAGAGUCGAAGAGAAAGAUCGGAGGAUGAGUGCCGAAGAUUUCCAGAAGAAGGUUUCCAUCAGAGAUUCUCUCGCCGGCGAAAUAGAAAUCGAAUGUGGCGGGUCUACUAGUUCCACGGUGGGUUCCGGCGUCGCCUCCCGAACCGUGGUUUUGCUUCGGAGACUGCUUGAGAUUCAGGAGCGUCGAGCCCAGGCUUAUGCCAAACUCAAAAGAGGAUUCUCAGAGUAUGUGGAGUCUAGUGCUGAAGCAAUCUAUCAGAAGCUGUGCAGCGAGAUUACAGCAGAGUUUAACGAAUGUUCCAAACAAGUUCGCGAAAUGGAAUCUCUGUUUCUGAAUCCAGAACUCGGAAGAGCUGAUCUUGCUCAAUUGCUUGGCGACAUUCAAACUCAAGAGAAGCAGAAACUGCAUCUGACCGUCACGAUACAGGUACUGAAGAAGGCAGGGAGACCGUCAGAACGGAUGCUGACACAUGAAAAUUGCAAGUUCAAGAAACCGAUGCAGCACGAGUGUGUGCAUCUUCACGAGAUUACAGAAGCUGCAGGAACAGAGGAAGCAGAAGCGGAUGCAGAGUAUGAUAACGCUUUAAAGGAAGCCAUUAGAGGAGUGCAAGACGCUGUGACUUGCAUCAAUGAGUAUUUGGAAGACAUUAGGUACGAGAUUGCAGCCCUUGAAGCUGAUUAGUUCCCAAUCCCUUCACUUCUUUACCCUUUCCACUGUCAACUUGCUGUGUUCAAAGCUGUCGCUAAUUAGCACCCUAAGAUAUAAGAUAUUUAGAAAUUGUGAAGGAUCUGCAGAUGGAAUUUGUUGUUCUCAAAGUUCUCAAAUCCUAUUAAUAUUUUUAUUUGAAAAACA